AUGGCCCGCGCGCACCUCCUAGUCCUGACGAUGUGCUGGUUGGCAGUGUCGGUACGCACUGCACCUGCGGGACCAUACAGCGGUAACGGCGGAGGCGGCUACAGCAGAGGCGGUGGCGGUAAUGGCUACAGCGGGGGCGGCGGGGGCGGCAACGGCUACAGUGGGGGCGGCGGUGGUGGCAACGGCUACAGCGGAGGCGGCGGAGGUUUCGGCGGCGGCGGCGGCGGUGCCGGCGGCGGUGGCUACAGCCCGCCACUCCCCAACGGGUACGCGCCGCCUCCAGCCGUCGACACGCAGUACGGCGCACCAGCGCAGGCGCCGGUCAUCCACAAGCACGUGUACGUGCACGUGCCGCCGCCAGAGCCCACGUACGCGGCGCCCAGGAAGCCGCAGCCUCCGCCGCCGCCCCCACAGAAGCACUACAAGAUCGUGUUCAUCAAGGCGCCCGCGCCGCCGCCGCCCACGGUGCCGGACCUGCCGCCCAUCGCGCCGCCCCCCGAACAGAAGACGCUCAUCUACGUGCUCGUCAAGAAGCCCGAGGAGCCGCCCGAGAUCACCAUCCCCACGCCCGCGCCCACACAGCCUUCCAAGCCGGAAGUCUACUUCAUUCGCUACAAAACACAAACUCAGGAGGGUGGCGGACCGGGCGGCGCGUACGGACCUCCAUCGCCGUCUGGCCCCAGCCCAGAAUACGGUGCUCCAAGCGCCGGUGGCGGCGGCGGCGGCGGCGGCGGCUCGGGCCCCUACUGA